AGGUUUGAAACAUGAAAAUGUGACCAGUAAUCAGAGGAUAGUCUUUACAAACCAACGCUGCUCCAUUGCACAUGGUUCAACAGUGAUCACCAAGCACUUUCUCACUUACUCUCCGACCCUCUUUUGGUUAAACAAGCACCUUCUCUCACUGGCAAGCAGCCCGUAGUCUCAUCAUGCCACACCGAAGAAGAUCCGAAAUAAUCAAAGAGGAGACAGAAGAGGUUUGUGUGCGGGUUUGUUUCUUUGUGCCACAGCUUCCUGAUGCGGCUGUGUUCCGGAAAUGGUUACCUAAACAUCGUCACAUUUUGUUUGGACAUUUCGGAUACUGGAUCGUCGCCAGCUUAAUAACAGCAGGAGCUGGAACCAGUUUAAAAACGAAAUGCUCCCCAACAGAGCCCCUUGUCAUGAUAGCCUUCCUCAUUCUCACCGCUAUUAUAGUCAGCUUAGGAAAGUUAUUUGCCCCUGGAGGCUUCAAGAAGAACUUUGGUCCAACUAUUGUCUCGUUUCUGAUGAUGUUUGCUACCGGACUAGCUUUACAUCAGAAACCCCUUAUCUGUGGGUUUACGAGUAGCUCUAGGAGAAUAUCAAUCCGCGAACAAGCCAUGAUGUGGGGAAUAAUGGUAUCCUUACAGGUGGCAAUCAUGAUCGGAACUAUGCUGAUGUAUCUUCUCUGGCACCUGAAACACAAGGACGAGAAACGAGAGGCAGAACUGGCUGGUUCACCUCACCUGAGUCGAAGUGAGAAGAGUGAAAUGAACCACGAACCAGAAUACGAAUCAGACGAGGACAGUCUACAAGCCUCGCCUGCCAGCGUCAGAUGGACCGCCAGACCUGCUGACAGUGACAGUGACCACUCUGUGUGACAUUUCAGUGACAGGACAAAUCACGUGACGUUACAAGACCAGUCACCUUGCAUCACAGGAGAUUAUUUGUAGUCUUAGGAGUUAUGGGAUCACACUUCACAGUACAUUUCAUUAGGCUUUGUGAGACUGAGUGAAAAACUGCUUUGAGUGGAAUUCCAUGCCCCAAUUUUGAGUGUCAAUUAACUGCGAUAAGUUAUAUUGAAUCGAAGUGAUGUGUCUGAUGGUGGUCAAUCAUUAGA